AUGGAUCCUCAGAUAGGUUGGCUGCAACCAGAACAAGUAGGUCCCGCUCAAGAAUUUUGGUCCAGAAUUUUGGACUUCUCUGAAGAUACAGACAGUAACGACGAUAAGUAUAGUACUGAAACUGUUCAAGAGGAAGAAGACGACGACAAAUAUACGUUGCCGUUGGAUUGGAAAUUUGAUUUCUCUAUAGACGAUCAAGAAAUCAAGACUAGUAAUCUAUAUGAACACGGCCUGUUCACAAAUAUAGCCAGUACAUACGACAUGAACAAAAUGCAAGCUCAUUACAUUGGCAAAUUUGGUGGGUGUCCAUGGAGACAUGGAAAAAGUUAUGACCGCCAACCAAUUUGCACCCUCCACAAAGAGAUAGAAGACUUUUUUGCAUAUAUGUCAGCCACACCAGAAGAGCAUAGCAUGCGGCUCGAUGUACUGGAACGUGUUACUAAUGUUAUACAUGCUGAAUGGCCUAAAGCUAAAGUUGAAGUAUUUGGUAGUUUUCGUACCGGACUUUAUUUGCCCACUAGUGAUAUGGAUCUGGUAGUAAUAGGUGAAUGGGAUACAUUACCAUUGCAUUCACUUGCUCAAGCUCUACUUAAAAAUAGUGUCUGUAAUGAAAACAUCCAGGUUCUUGACAAAGCAUCGGUUCCAAUUGUCAAAAUGACAGAUAAGGCUACUGAUGUUAGAGUGGAUAUUAGUUUUAACAUGAAUAAUGGUGUCAAAUCAGCUGAAAUGAUAAAACACUAUAUGGAUGUUUUUCCAAUGCUUCCUAAACUUGUGUUAGUGCUGAAACAAUUUUUAGCACAGAGGGACAUGAAUGAAGUUUUCUAUGGAGGCAUAUCUUCUUAUAGUUUGAUCCUUAUGGUCGUCAGUUUUUUGCAGUUACAUCCUAGAGGAGAUUUAAAUUACCCCACUGCCAAUCUAGGUGUAUUGUUAAUAGAGUUCUUUGAACUUUAUGGCAAAAAAUUUAACUAUAUGCAUACAGCUAUACGUGUGAAAGAUGGUGGACUAUACAUAUCUAAAGACGAAGUCCAAAAAGACAUGGCUGAUGGUCAUAGGCCAAGUAUUUUGUGUAUAGAGGAUCCAUUAACCCCGGGAAAUGAUAUUGGUCGUGGUUCUUAUGGUGCUCUUCAAGUAAAAAGUGUAUUUGAAUAUGCAUUCACCACAUUAAAAGCUGCUCUUGACCCUCAAAUUGUUUCACCUAGUUUUAGUAUACUCGGACGAAUAGUACGAGUUAAUGACAAAGUUAUACUUUACCGGCAGUGGGUUAGAGAUACUUAUGCCUUACAAAAUACUCAAAGAGUGAUAAUUAAUAAUUAUUUGACCACUAGUAAUAUUAGUAACAAUGUUAGUGUGUCCACCACUACUAGUAGUAGAGCUUCUACAGUAUCUUCUGGUUCUGGAUCAGCUGAAUCUGACUCUGAGAGUAGUAUAGAAAAAUUAAGUGAUGCAGGCGACCACAAUGAUCAGAAUAGUAAUUACCAACCCAGACGUAAAAAUCCACAUUAUCAAAGACAUAAUAGUUGGAAUAAUCAACAAAAUUAUCAAAUGAUUAACUCUGGUAAUCACCCUCCUACACGAACUCAAAGAAUAAUAUGCACUAGUCCAGCUAAUAAUUACCAACAUCGUGGUUUCACAAACAACAAUUACAAUAAUAAUUAUAACCACCAUCAAAAUUACCGGCCAAACGCAGGCAAUAAACACCAGUAUACGGGAAAUUACCAACCAAACUUUGGUAAUUUCAUAUCACACAAACGGCAAAAACGAAAAAACCAAACCCAAGAUGUAAGAUAA